CUUUCAUCACUCUUCUGCAUCCGUUCUUGUGUCUUUUUUUCUCGCUCUUGCGCUCUUAGCCCAUUCAAUCAACGUGGUGCCCACAGCGUUGUCGUCAUGCUGGCUGCUCUCAGCUGCAACUUCCCACGCUCCUUGUCCUCUCGUUGAUUAGGUCGGUUCCUCUUGGAAGAAUCCUUGGGUCACAUUCGUUGCUUCAUUGUCCGCAGUCCAGAGUCCAGUGCCCUCCUCUGUGACGAUUUCGGCGGGUUCUCGUCCGGCAAUCUCGAGCCCUUUGACCCUGCAGCUACCCAUACUCGAUCGGCGGUUCUCGAUACUGGUGGUCACUUCGCCAAACACAUCGAACCUGACACCGGGAGACCGCCAUACCAGGUGGAUGUUUGACCAGUGACGAUCAGACACCGCUAUAUUGGGCCACAGGGGUGGCUGCGGCACUUUUCUACCCAAUACAACAUUCUGUUCUCGCCCGACGAAUACAACAUGAGUCUGACGACAAAUAGCGACACCGUUCAGCCUCAUUUUCAGACGUCCUGCGACCGCAAUUCCGACCUGCCCUACCUGUCUCGAAUCCAUUGGCUACAAUAAUAGGGUGCUGGACGAAUAGGCCUUUUUGUGCCAAUUCCUCGGUCUCCUGCACCAGUAGCAAGAUACCCAACGCUUUUUCUCUCUUUCUCUACCUCGCUCAAGCCCUAGUUUGUUUCUUUCAACAGCUUUUCUCGACCGAUCUCUUCGCAAGUUUGCUUCCUUCCUCUUUGUACCAACAGCGCAUACGCAACUAUAAUACUUAAUCUCGAUCGGCUCACGUCGCACAACGUAUCACAUUCAACUUGUACCAACAUCAGCUAUCUAGCUACAUCCACUCGUUCAACAUUCGCAACAGAAACAAGUCACUCGCUUUGGGCUGCGGACAGUCCUUAACAUCGCCAAAAUAUUACGCAUCAAGAUACAGCUUGCGAGGACGGCAUUCUGAACUUUUACAAUCGCAUUAGAUUCUCCGGAAAAGAGAUAUAAUCAGACCAAAAGCAAACAACAAGGCUUCGAAGCCUUGUCCUACACUGUACAGCAAAACCAGUCAAGCCUCAAGACGAACUCGGUACCGGCGCUUAAUCUGAAGCCGGCGUUAAAAGUGGCGGCAGCAGGAAACCCCUCGAUUGUAUGCCUUUUGGAUGGCCUCCUCGGAAGUGGAUCAAAAGUUCCUCGGGUAUUUCGCAAAAGUUAUAACCACAGAAAAUAAUUAUCUUUCAAGUUUCUUGUUUCGCGUUCUAGGUCUGUCAGUAAUUCUCGCCGAAAAGCUACUUCAAGCCCGUCGGUCCAAGCGGCUUGAUCCGGUGCGCGACCUACAAGCCAGAUAUCUUAUUCAUCAUAUUCUAUGGCUGGCCCGAGAGGGAUUGGUCAUGGUAGAGCAAUAUGUGCUUCCUAUGGUGGGCAAGUAUCUUGAGCUCCGAGUCUUGUCCUACAAGCUCAAAGCCUCCUUCUAUCAUAUUUUCGUCCUCUUCCACAACGAACCUCCAGUCAAUGAUCGGAUCACCCGCUCAAAAUCCGCUACCUUUUCUCUCAUCCCAGACCCACUGUCGCCAAAGUUGUCCUCGAAAACACCCACCACCACAACCUCUCCGACGAAUGGUCGUCAGCGAUCACCAGCCAUUAGUCUAGGUGGCCCGGUUGGCGGAACUACGUUGACCCGGACACCACCAGGUCUGCCAUUACCUACACAUCCUUACACCAACGGUUUCAGUAAUGGAAAUGGCACGGCGACUUUUCUCCUUCCACUACAGGACUAUCGGCGCUUGGCCUCGCAAGCAUUUCGUGAAGCAGAUGAAUUGGCUGAGCGGUUGUUGCCGGGAUCUCAUCCAGUUCGGUUAUCGGUGAAAGUUGAGUACGUGGCAUACGUGUACGACUGCCUGCACGAGGCGGAGGCGUCACGUCGCAUGGCACGACUGGCCAUAAGGCAUGUGUAUGAAGCACAGGAAGGAAUGGAUGACGAUUCUUUUGAAGAUGCUGCCGAGAUGGUUGGAAUUCUGGGAAAGAUGAUGAAGCGAGGUCUGGGAGGAGGCGGCAGUUCUGGAACCCAGCAGCAAACUCGAGACCAACAACAAAAUAGAAAACCUUCUGGUUCAGGUUCGGGUAGAGAAACCGAUAGAAGACAUUUCGUCGGGCCCCCAGCUAGAUCUCAACAGCCGACGACAUGGGUGUAGAAUUAAAU